UUCGUGGCACUCCCUAUAUAAACAAACCCCCCUCCCUCACACGUUAGGGUUUUCGCUUCAGUGUCGCCUCCAUUCUUAUCUCGCACUCCCUAAACCCUAGUUUGCUGCGACAAUGGUGAAGGGGCGCCAGGGCGAGCGCGUCAGAUUGUACGUCCGCGGGACGAUCCUCGGAUACAAGAGAUCGAAAUCGAACCAGUAUGAGAACACGUCGCUCAUCCAGAUCGAGGGCGUGAACACGAAGGAGGAGGUGGCGUGGUACUGCGGGAAGAGAAUGGCCUACAUCUACAAGGCGAAGACCAAGUCGAAGGGGACCCACUACCGCUGCAUAUGGGGGAAGGUCACGCGCCCGCACGGCAACAGCGGCGUCGUUCGCGCCAAGUUCAAGUCCAACUUGCCCCCCAAAUCUAUGGGUGCAAAGGUUAGGGUUUUCAUGUACCCAAGCAACAUUUGAGGUAUUUCCGGAUGCUGUUGUUUCUUAGCUGUAGUAAAGAGGUGGAUUUAUGUGUUCUGAGCUGGGUGGUGAAUUCAGUGUCUAGAUGUUUUUUCUAUUUCAAAUUUCGAUAUUUAAUUAAUCCACUAUUGGAGUUUGAAGUUUACUGAUCUGUAUAUCUAGGGAGCUUAAACAUAAUUUACCAACUUGAAUUGCUUCGUUGAUCUCUUUUGCUGUU